AUGGCGGAUUCAUCACUGCAGGAUCGCCUGCGCGAUCAUGCCAAGGCGUUCGAUGGCUUGCUGAGUCUGAUUCCAGCCAAGAUGUACUAUGGCGAAGACACAAGCGAUCAAUGGAAAAAGGAGAAGCAGACGAAGCAGGAGGCAGCAGCCGCUCGGCGAGCCAAGCUGGAUCCCGAUAGCGCCCUGAACCGCAAUGCCAAAGAAGUCAUGGAUGAGCGAGCCAAGAGCAAGCGGAAGCUGCGGCAGAUGGAGCAAGAUGAGGAUGAGAAUGAGAAUGAGAAUGAAGAGGAAGACUACGAGCCCGUGAAUGGCGUCGAGGCUGAGAAGCCCCUCGAGGGUCUCAAGAAGAAGAACCCAGAGACUCCUCAGAAGAAGCCCAAGACCAAUGAUGAUGUGGAUGCUGAGAGUGACGGUGAGAGCGAAGGUGAAGCACAAGAUUCCAAGGACACGACAAAGCUAUCAAAAAAGGAAGAAAAGCGAGCCACAAAGCGAGAGAAGAAGGCUGAGAAGAAGGCCGAGAAGAAGACAAAGCAAGAGUCAGGCGAAUCAGCAACUCCAGCCAAGACUCCAGCCAAGACUCCAGUAUCCAAGGUUGCUACUGAGACUGCUAGCACAUCUGCGUCAAAGAAACAAAAAAACAAAAAGGCGGGAAAGGACGCCGCUACUCCCUCAAAAUCUCAGCCGACUCCCUCAAAAUCACAAGAAGCUGAUGUCAACCACAACGACAAAGCCGAUGAAAUCAUGCAAGACCAGGUGGACGGUCUUGACCCAUCCCUAGACUUCUCCGGCCUGCAAAGAGAAGAUGACGGCAGCGCUGUAUCAGCGCCCUACUCCGAACCACACUCUCCGACCUUUGACUCAACCGAAACCCCUAAUGGCCAGCCUGCAUCAGGAGAGCUCGCCAGCACAACCACAUCCGUCUCCUCAGUUGCCUCAUCAGAAAAGCCCAAGCACCUCAAGAUCCCCGCAGAUACCACCGCUCUGAGAGCCCGUCUUGCUGCCAAGAUUGAGGCUCUCCGUGCAGCCAGAAAAGCCGAUGGAACGAAUGGCAAGCCCAUUCGCACGAGACAAGAGCUCAUCGAGGCGAGAAGAGCAAAGGAGGCACAGCGCAAAGCGCACAAGAAGGAGCUGAGACAGCUGGCCAAGGAUGAGGAGAAGAGGAAACGCGAAGAGGCACUGGCGUCCAACUCGCCCGGCGUUAUGAGCCCCAACAUUAGCCUCGACGACGCUUCAGGGGGCUUCAGCUUUGGGCGCGUGGCAUUUGGCGAUGGCUCGCAAAUGUCGCACGACCUUGGCUAUUUCCUCAACAGGGGCAAGAAGAAGGGCCCUUCAGAUCCCAAGACGGCGCUUCUCAAGGUGCAGCACGAGAAGAAGCGCAUAGAAGAACUCGGCGAGGAGAAACGCCAGGACGUUGAGGAGAAGGAGACCUGGCUGAAUGCCCGCCGCCGUGCCGAGGGUGAGAAGAUCCACGACGACGAGGCCCUGCUCAAGAAGGCCGUCAAGCGCAAAGAGGUAGCCAAGAAGAAGAGCGAAAAGGCGUGGAAGGAGAGAGCCACGGGCGUCGCCCAGGCCCAGCACGCGAAGCAAAAGAAGCGCGAGGAGAACAUCAAGCAGCGACGCGAGGACAAGCUGCUGCGCCGAUCGGGCAAGAAGAAGAAGGGCGGCGCCACAAAGAAGAAGGGUGGACGACCCGGCUUCGAAGGAAGCUUUGGAGUUGGCGGGAAGCGCAAGUAA